CGUAGAUAAACAAAUUACCUAGAUCUCUUGACCCACUUUGUUUAACUGGUAUCUAAAGUAAAAUGACAAAAACCCGCGUAUGUGUGGUGGGUGCGGGGGUAGUGGGCGUGUCCAGCGCGGUACGGAUCCAGAACGAAUUGCCGGACUGUGACGUCACCAUCAUUGCUGACCGGUUCAGUCCGGACACCACUUCAGAUGGGUCAGGUGGAUUCUGGUUGCCACAUCUGGUGGGCGGGGACAAUCAGGAAUUGGUCACGAAAUGCGGUGGCGACACCUGGGAUUACCUGUUAUAUCUUGCAACCUCGCCUCUGGCCAGUCGCCUCGGGGCACAGAUGGUCUCGGGUUACUCUUUCUUCGCAGAGACACAGUGUCCAGGAUGGCGGCACCAGGUCUUAGGAUACCGCGAACUGGACAACAAAGAACUUAAACUUCUUUUCCCCAAGGCCAGAUUUGGCGUGUUUUACACCACGGUGAUGAUCAAUGUCAAGGCCUAUCUGACUUGGCUGAUGUCAAGAUUCAAGAAUAGCAAUGGAAAGUUCAUAAAUAGACGAGUGGACAGUUUAGAUAAGCUGCUGUCAGAUUAUGACGUGGUAGUGAACGCUUCAGGGAUUGGUUCAAGGACACUAGUCAAAGACAAUGACGUCAUUCCGAUCCGGGGCCAAGUCUCCAGGGUUAAAGCCCCGUGGGUGAAACAAUUUAUGACAUACGAAGGAACGAAUGGACAUUGUGAAAAAUAUAUUCUACCUGGAUCUGACGCUGUCAUACUUGGCGGAACUGGUCAGACUGGCAACUGGAACACAAAAAUUGAUGACGUUGAUCGCAAGGCAAUUUGGGAGGGUUGUCUAGAACUAAUACCAAGUCUAAAGGAUGCAGAAAUAAUCCAACACUGGGUCGGCUUACGUCCACACCGAGGUUCCGGGGUACGACUGGAAACUCUGAGGCUCCCGACAGGAAAAAUGAUCGUACAUAACUACGGACACGGGGGGUCGGGCGUGACGUUACAUUGGGGAUGUGCGGGAAAAGUCGUCAAGGAAAUCCGGAAAGCGCUUACUCAGUCCCCGGCAAAGCUGUAGGCUGUAGGGAAACAAAGAAGCUAUUACAGACCACCAGGGGGCCUUGAAAUUGUGUGAUAAAGGAGGCCUCAUUGAAGAAGCUAGAAAAUAUAUAUUUAUAAAUACAUGUAGCACCGAUAAAUCUAAUAUGUUGUUUGAAACUUAGUUAUAGGAAGGGAAUGUUUAAUGGUCUUACGUAUUUUUUGUAAAAAAAAAUGAAUGAAAUGGAAUUUUUUCUUUUAAAGAACCACGUAUGAUUUAUUAAAAUUAUAU